UAUAACUGCGAAUCCAGUGAAUUCCGGAUUUUUACUCCAGCAAUGGUAAGUAUACUUAGCAGAGCCACUGCAAGCCGUCGUUUCCCACGUACAACACCCAUCACAACUGUGGAACUACCUGGCAGUCACAGCACAGUGGGAAUCACCAGCUCACAAGUGCAAGAACCUGGACGUCCACUGGCCGAAGCCUAA